AUGGGAUGCACUUCCUCCACACAUGUCACUGGCAUGGACGAAUUUGAGGAUCAUCGCCAGCAGGGUCGCCCAGUCAAACAGGUCCACAGAUCGGAGAAGUGUAAGAAAGUUGCCACGAAGCAGAUUGACACAGCUGAGCUUAGCCGAGUCCUGCCUAAUGAAGCAGAUGACGAGUCCACGGACCUCAGCACAGAUGAUGAAAUCCUUAGGAGGUGGUCCACAGACUCGGUCCUCUUGCCCAGCAGUGACACCGAGAGCUUCAGCACAGCUUCCGUCCAGGUCCAUGUCCCAGCACACCUGCAACAGGACAUCAAAGAGGAGCCCAUCCUCACGGACUUCAGAGAGCCAACGGAAGUUGAAUGCUCUUGGGACAUGCCAAGCCUGCGUGAACGCGCCAAGGAUCUUCCAGUGGGCAUCCGCGUCGCUCCACAUCGGGAGAUGCACAACAAGCACGUGAAGAAGCUUGACGACUACCUGAACGUGGUUUCCGCAACACCGCGGAGGUUGGAAGCCCAAGUCCGGUUGAAGAAGAUGAUGAGUGGAAUGAUCCCGGUGCGAUUUUCGGAAAGCGAGGCUGCUCGCAGGAAGAGGGAGGCCCUGAACGACCUGCGCCUUUUUUGA